UUGCUCACAUGUUAUCUUCAUUGAUGAUCUUUACCAGGAUAGCGCUUCUUUGUGGACAAAGUUAAAGUACAGAACAGAGGUUCAGUUGCCUGCAUGCCUGAGCUGAAUAAUGGUAGGACUGAAAGAUGUCACUGGAGCCCUGCAGUGUAUUCUACUGGGGGCAAAAGACUCUGUACUGGGUAUCUGGCCAGUAUUUCAACUGAUCAAAAAGAAUGAUAAAGUGCGAAGCCAGAUGUUACAGUGUUUCUUACUCAAUGGUGUGAUAUUGUGGUUGAGUGUACUCCUGUUCGACUAUGUUUUAUUGCCUGUCAUCCAGAUCAUGGCUAACUUUGUAUUCAGUUUCGUAAGAGGCUCCUCAGAUUCUGAGGAUGUUUCAUUGCUGGGACUGGUGACCUGGUACAUGUUUACUGGGCUCUGGGUCUUACCUGUGUUCUGGAUCAGCAAACCAAUCAAUUCCAUCUGGUUCCAGGACAUUGCAUCAGCAGCGUUCAAAGGCAGUAACCAGAGGAGCAAAACUAAGAAGUCAGAGAGCAGCUCUUCCCUGAGUCAGUCCAUCAGCAGGCUCAUAGCUGAUCUCCUUUUUAGUAUUGUCAUAGAGUUGCUGUUCUUGAUUCAAGCAAUGCUGGUGGGACUAAUCCCCAUAGUGGGCUACUAUGCCAGUGUCUUGCAUAUGGCUGUGCUCUACUCAUUAUACUCCUUUGAAUACAAGUGGAUGUACCAAGGCUGGAUAGUACACCAAAGAAUAGCUCUCAUUGAGAAAAAUUGGCCGUACUUUGUUGGGUUUGGCCUCCCACUGGCUGUCCUCACUGCCUUACCCAGUUCCACUGUGAUCAGUGCUUGCAUUUUUGCCGUGGCCUUUCCUUUCUACAUUGUCAGUGCUAAUGAGGCAAAGCCAAGGCAGUCUACGUUAUCUACACUGCCAUUGUUCACAAUUGUGGUGGUGAUCAGUAAUAAACUGUUUAGCAAGAGUGACCCUGCCAGUUUUAACUCUAAAGUAACUCUUAAUUAACACACCAUUUUCUAUACUACAUUAAUACUGUGCCAACAAUUGUUACCCCAGCCUGCAAUAAA